ACGACUUGUCAUCGGCCUCCAUCAUACCUCUGCUUGCGACUGUAGAUCGCCAUGGAGAUGGAGUGCUGCAGCUACAUGCUACCUCUUGUGGCUUCUUGCUUCUUCUUCCUCUGCUCCUUCUGCCAUGCUCUGCUCGCAACAAGAAGAAGAAGUGGUAGCGUUUGCUGUGGACCCCGGCAUGCGCCGAGGAGCCACCCUGUACUCGGCUGCCUCGUCGAGUACUACCGGAACCGGCGCCGGCUGCUGGACUGGUACACCGGCCUCCUCGCGGCGUCGCCGUCGCAGACGGUCGUGGUGGAACGGCUGGGGGCUCGCCGGACCGUGGUGACGGCAAACCCGGUGAACGUGGAGCAUAUCCUCAAGGAUAACUUUGGGAACUACCCCAAGGGGAAGCCUUUCACGGAGGUGCUCGGCGACCUGCUCGGCGGCGGCAUCUUCAACGCCGACGGCGAGCCGUGGCGCGCGCAGCGGAAGCUCGUGAGCCACGAGUUCACGGCGCGGGCGCUCAGGGAGCGGGUGGGCGCCGCGCUGGAGGCGGAGGCGCGCUCGCGGCUCCUUCCGGCGCUCGACACGGCCGCGGCGGCUGGCGGCGAUGUCGUCGUCGACGUGCAGGAGCUCCUGAGGCGGUUCGCGUUCAACGUCAUCUGCCGGAUGUCGCUCGGCGCGGACGACCCCGGCGACGAGGCAGCAUUGCCGCUGUCAAGGCUGGCGGCGGCGUUCGACGCCGCGGCCGCGAUCGUAGCCGGGCGCGGCGCCGCGCCGGUGGCCGCCGUGUGGAAGGCCAAGCGCGCGCUGGGGGUCGGCUCGGAGAGGCGGCUACGGGAGGAGGUAAGGGUGAUACACGACGCCAUCACGGAGCUCGUCCGCCGCGGCCGGAGGAGGAGGCACGAGCACCGCCCAGCGGCGCGCCGCGACGACCUGGACCUGGUCUCCCGGAUGGCCGCGGCGGGGUACGGCGACGAGGCGAUCCGCGACAUGGUGAUUAGCUUCAUCAUGGCCGGCCGCGACACGACGUCGGCGGCGCUGACGUGGUUCUUCUGGCUCAUGACGCGUCACCGCGACGUCGAGCGCGAGGUGCUCGGGGAGAUCGACUCGUCGUCGUCGCGCGCGUGCGACGACCGCGGCGGCGGCGUGGGCGUCGACCUGGACGGCUCCCGGAAGAUGCGCGUGCUCCACGCGGCGCUCUGCGAGACGAUGCGGCUGUACCCGCCAGUGGCGUGGGACUCGAAGCACGCGGCUAAGGCGGACGUGCUCCCCGACGGCACGCGCGUGGGGCGCGGCGACCGCGUCACCUACUUCCCGUACGGCAUGGGCAGGAUGGAGUCGAUCUGGGGCGCCGACGCCGGCGAGUUCAGGCCGCGACGGUGGCUGGCGCUGCCGUCAAGGGACGAGGGCGGCGUGUCGCCGUUCAAGUUCCCGGUGUUCCAGGGCGGGCCCCGGACGUGCCUCGGCAGGGAGAUGGCGUUCCUGCAGAUGAAGUUCGUCGCCACCGCCGUGCUCCGCCGUUUCGAGCUCCGGGCGGUGGACGAGGGCCGGCAGCCGGUGUUCGUGCCGCUGCUCACGGCGCACAUGGCCGGCGGGCUCAAGGUGACGGUCAGGAGAAGGAGGACGCCGCAGCAGGAUGGCACGUGCGAGCAAUGAAGUGACAUCGAAAUGCGAUCGAGUCAACAGUGGCCAGUACGUCCGAGGAAAGCAUGUCGAGCUGCUGCAACUGCAACUGCAAGCUGGAUCUGCCAUGUUUUUCGUACUUAGAUAUAUGAAUAUACUGGUCCCAACUGUACAUUGUUCAAAAUGAUAUUCGUGAGUUCAGCCAAAUUUCUGACAGUAGGACAAGGGUUU